CUUGGCUCGGAGGAUCCUGGUCCCGCCUCCAGGCUUCUUGCGGUGUUGCGACGCAGGGCGCCCCGGGAAGCCGCGCGAGUGAGGUACGUGGUGGGAGCGGGGUCCUUUGCUGGAGGAACGGCAGGCGAGGAUGAGUGAUCGGUGGAGGCAGUGACGGCGCGGCCGGCGAGACGCGGUUCCCAGAGGAUCCAGGCCCGAGCUCCUGCUCUGGCUCAGAGCCAAAUCUUCAAUAUAAAGGAUAGAUUGUGGUGCCAGUUAUGAAGAGUAAUAGCUAAAAAAGUGAUAUGAGAAAUGAAGCCAAUAGGUACAGACCCAAGGAUCUUAUCUCUAGCUGCUGAAGUUGCAAAAAGUCCUGAGCAGAAUGUCCCUGUUAUAUUGUUGAAGUUAAAAGAAAUAAUAAACAACACACCUUUAGGAAGCUCAGAGUUGAAGAAAAUCAAACAAGAUAUAUAUUGUUAUGACCUCAUUCAAUAUUGCCUCUUGGUCCUCAGUCAAGAUUGUUCUCGGAUCCAGGGUGGUUGGACUACAAUUUCCCAGCUUACACAGAUAUUAAGCCAUUGCUGUGUGGGCUUGGAGCCAGGAGAAGAUGCAGAGGAAUUUUACAGUGAAUUACUUCCCUCAGCUGCAGAAAAUUUUCUGGUUUUGGGGAGGCGAUUGCAAACCUGCUUCAUCAAUGCAGCUAAGGGUGAAGAAAAAGAUGAAUUACUACACUUUUUCCAAAUUGUGACUGAUUCUCUCUUCUGGCUUUUGGGAGACCAUGUUCAACUCAUCCAAAGUGUACUACAAAGUGAUCAUUUCUUGCACUUACUGCAAACUGACAAUGUUCAAAUAGGAUCUACAGUCAUGACUAUGCUACAGAGCAUACUACAGAUCAACAGUGGUGAUUUACUGAGAAUAGAAGGAAAAACCCUGCAUUCAAUUUUAGAUGAAGUUGUUUUCAAGCUUUUAUCAACUCCUAGUCCAGUCAUAAGACACACUGCUACGAAGCUGCUACUGUUGAUGGCUGAAUCGCAUCAGGAAAUUUUGAUUUUACUGAGACUAAGUGCCUGCUACAAAGGACUCAGAAGUCUACUAAAUAAACAAGAGCCUGGGACAGAGUUUAGUCAAGAACUUAGACAGCUCAUUGGCCUUUUAAGCCCUAAGGUCUAUCAGGAAGUAGAAGAGCAGAAACUACAUCAAGCAGCUUGCUUGAUUCAAGCUUAUUGGAAGGGUUUCCAAACUAGAAAGAGACUAAAGAAGCUUCCAUCUGCUGUGAUUACUUUGCAGAGGAGUUUCAGAUCUAAACGAACAAAGAUGCUACUGAAGCUAAAUAGGCAGAAGGAAGAAGAGGACCAGAGAUUACAAUUGCAACUUCAAAGACGGAGAGCCAUGAGACUUUCCCGAGAAUUACAGCUGAAUAUGCUUGAAAUAGUUCAUCCAGGUCAGGUGGAAAAAUAUAAUCGGGAAAUAGAAGAUAAAUCAGCAUUAAUUAUCCAGAAACAUUGGAGAGGGUACAGGGAAAGGAAAAAUUUUCACCAACAGAAGCCAUCUCUCACGGAGCAUAAAGCAGCUGUCACACUUCAGAGAGCAGCUCUUAAAUUCCUAGCAAAGUGCCGUAAGAAAAAGAAAGUAUUUGCUCCUUGGCAAGGACUCAGAGAACUCACGGAUGCACGCAGAGUUGAGCUGAAGCAACAAGUAGAUGACUAUGUCAGAAGACAUCCAGGCUCUCCGAUGUUAGAUGUGACCAGCAGGGAGCUUCACGCCCAAGCUCAAGAACGACUGCAGCACUACUUCAUGGGCAGGGUCCUGGAGGAGAGAGCCCAGCAGCACAGGGAGGCGCUGAUGGCUCAGAUCAGCACCAACAUUGAACAGUUACUGAAGGCACCAAGUCUGAAGGAGGCAGAAGGGAAAGAACCUGAGCUCUUCCUGAGUAGAUCCAGGCCUGUGGCAGCCAAGGCCAAGCAGGCCCAUCUCACCACCCUGAAGCAUAUACAAGCACCCUGGUGGAAGAAGCUUGGGGAAGAAGCAGGAGAUGAGAGCGAUGUCCCAAAGGAUGAGCUUAGUGUGGAAUUAGGAACUUUAUUCAUUGGUGGAACCAAACCCCCUUAAGAAGUUACCCUGAGAAGUUACACAUAGCCUGUAUUUUAGAUUAUAUUGGUUCUGCCUCUGGCUUGCUGGUAAACUAGAGCUAUCUUAACUCAUGGUUUUCCAGAGGUUCCUCUCCGAACAAGACUUGCAGGCAGUAAGCAAAGAGUUAUCUUCUACCUCUAUCUUAGUUCUCUUUUAUUUUUUCCACACAUCCAUCCCUGGCCACACACACAUAUUGGUGGGCCUUUUAGUGUGGAACUAAACUCAGCAUGGCAUUCUAUUGUUUAAAUGAAAUGUGAUAUUUAUUUUCUUUCUUUUUUUUUCACUUCUGCUAUUUUCCAACUAAAAAUGUUUUCUAAAUAAAUAUUUUCAACAAUUGUUCUGAAA